CUCAGUUGCGUCGUUGUUCGCUCAGACAGGGACAUAUAAACGCGAUCACUUCUCUACCAUGUCCUCCUCUUGCUAUGUUCCUCCUCUUCCUCUUCUGUCUCCUUCUCCUUCACCUUUGCUCCAAUUUCCUCCGUCUUCUCGUCCGGCAAUGGCUUUCACCUCUUCACCGUCUUCCUGGGCCACCCUCGCAGUCGUUCUUUGCAGGAAAUCUCGAGCAAAUGCAUGACAUGGCAAAUUCAGAUCUUUUGUCGCAAUGGGAAGCACAAUAUGGCCCGAAUUACACGUACAGAGGAUUCCUUAAUGGCAGCAGGUUAAUGACUACGGAUCCAGUUGCGCUUUCGCAUAUAUUGGGUCAUGCAUACGACUACCCAAAGCCAGAUUUUGUCCGUGAUAGCCUAGCUGCGAUGGGCGCAGGGAACGAGGGACUCCUUACGUCGGAGGGCGACGUUCACAGGAGACAACGUAAAAUUCUGUCGCCUGCAUUCUCGCUAUCUCAUAUCAAAUCUUUGACUCCAAUAUUCUGGGACAAAGCUGAACAGCUUCGCGACAUAUGGCUCCAAUCAUCUGGAGACUCUGUCCCGCGCAUAGACGCACUCUCUUAUUUGGCUCGUGCUACGUUGGAUACCAUUGGCUUGGCUGGCUUUGGAUACCACUUCAAUUCACUCUCAUCCUGUGACAACACCAACGAACUGGCUCACGCCUUUAGCGUCAUAUUCUCUACUGCGCGCAAGUUCAGGUUGAUUACUAUCUUGCAAGUCUGGUUUCCUAUCCUACGACGCUUCCGUCGUCACAAUACAACAAUGUCUGCUGCGCAGGCCACCAUGCGAAGGAUAGGUUUGGCACUGAUCCAGGAACGGAGGGAGACAGUUUCUAAUGAAAGGAGGGAGAAGAAAACCAUGUUGUUAGACGGGGACAAGACGAUUCUGGGCCGCGAUAUUUUGAGUGUUCUAAUACGCUCCAAUUUAAGUGCUUCAUCGUCUGAACAAAUGUCUCUGUCCGAGAUAUUAUGUCAAAUAUCUACUUUUAUUGCGGCGGGCCAUGAAACAACCUCUAGUGCCCUCACAUGGUGUCUGUAUGCGUUGGUCACCAAUCCAAACGUUCAGACGGUCCUCCGGGAGGAGUUGAGAAAAUUGGAGGUCUUGGAAGACGACCGAGAACGACUAACGGAAGAAAUCAUGAAAUGCCAGUAUCUCGACUGGGUUGUCAGGGAAACUCUGCGGCUUCAUUCGCCUGUAACGAACACUAUGAGGGUUUGCAUGCGGGACGAAGAUGAGAUUCCUGUUGAUUGCAGUCCGACUUCCACAGCCCCGGGUGGAUACGUUGACAAGUAUGGCGUUCGGAGAUAUACGAUCAAAGUUAAGAAGUGGGAUAUCAUCACUAUACCAAUCCAGGCAAUCAACGAUAGCGAACGGCUCUGGGGAGAAGAUUCCAAGGAUUUCAAACCAGAAAGAUGGGCGGCUCAUUCGCUAUCGCGGGCCAAUUCAAUACCAGGACUGUAUUCAAACAUCAUGACAUUCCUUAAUGGAAAUCCCAUAGACGGGAAUCGCUCGUGUAUUGGGUACAAGUUCGCGCUGCUCGAGAUUAAAAUUUUCUUGUAUGUGCUUCUAAGGGACUUGAAAUUCUCAAUUGACCCAGCUAUGGUUAUCGAGAAGAGGGUCAAUGUGGUAACGCGCCCUUUUGUGAACUCUGAUCCGCAGUUGGGGAACCAGUUGCCCCUGUAUAUGCAUCGCGUCUGCCGGGAUGAUGUGAAAAAGGAUGUUGCUGUCGCAUAAACCGCACAGUAGUACGAUGCGCAUCGGUCGCUUAUCGUCGCCGUACAUAUUAUUUAUUUUCCAUUCAUGAAUGGCCGUCUCUGUAAUUACAUUGAAACUAGACUAGUAGAAGAUGGCCAGGUUGCAGAGAACUUGACCUGGG